GCCAGAGGAAGAACCCGGCCAUGGAGCAGCUCUCCGAAGCUGGGGCAGCUCGGGAAGCUGCCCUCACUGCUCGGACUGGUCCUGGGCUGGCGAUAACGGACACGCAGCCGUGGCGACAGCGAGCUAGUGUUUAGGACUGUAAAGCUGCCAAAAAUCAGAGACUGCAGAGGAGGCUGGUGGAGCAUCGAAGCUGACUUCUAGAUGAGAAUUGCCCAGGUUCUCCUUUUUUUUUUAUUUGAAAGACUCUUUCAGGCUUCAGACACAACCCUUCUACAGUUCCUCAUACCUCUUCUAAAGCAGUUACUAGUGAUUCGGUUGAGGUGGCGCUAUGCAGCCAGAGACAGAGAAGAGCAGAUCUCGAUCCAGGAAGCCCGACAUGGCCCUGUAUGUCCCCAAAGCCAGACGAGGUGCGGCACCCCAAAAACCAGGCGAUACAGAGGGAAGCGGUCGUCACCCCGAGCCUGUAACGCCAAAAGACCGUGAAGAAAGUCACCUCCUGAAGGGGGAGGUCUUCGGAGACAUCUCUGACCGUCAGAGACCCGACCCCGAUCCCGGUACCCUUCGUCACCCGGCCGGGGAGGGAACGAAACCCAGCGCAAAACCAAGGAGACAGACGCUCCUGUCGGACAGAAACAGGGAAAGGGUCAGGACUCAGAAGAAAGCCAUAAAGCCCAAAGAAGCAUUGACCAAAGAAGUACAGCAGAGACACCUGAAUCCCGAUAUUGUUUGUAAUGCACUUGUUCAAGGCAGCUUCAAACCAAAGCAGGAGGAGUACAAGGAGACAGAUACCAGUGACAUGGCAGGGCAGCAGCUAAUACCUUUAUCCCAACCUGAAUGUGACCCCCGUGAGGCUCCCAGUGAGUCGUUCUGGCCGCCCGGUAAGCAGGAGUUAAAUGGGCUGAAUCCCAAGGACCGAGAUUUGAGCAGUAUUAGGCCCGAUUCCAAACUGUCAGAGAGAGCGCGUGGCACACAGCCUCCAGUUGAGCCCGGAGGCUUCAGUUGCGUAGCAGAGCCCGAGCGUGCGAUCGCGCCUCCGCGGUUAUCCUCCGUCCCUGGAAUUAUGCAGGAAAGCCCGUCCGGUCCACCGGAAUGGGCCGAUGGCCUGUCGCGCAGUGUCGGCGGACAUCCCCAGAGGGUAGUUGAUGAUCAGGAGAACGCUGACGACGUCACCCAGCCGUACGCCGGCAGCGAUCCCGAGAGCGCGGGUGACGUAACCGGCCGAACCUACCUGAGCGGUACUUCUGACAUCUCAAAUCACAGAGGAGUAUGCCGCGUGGCAGCUACUGGUGGGGACGUCACUGACCAGGCGGGCAUGGUCAACGAACUGGAUGGUGCCGAUGGCAUUUCUGAGCCAGCCCGUGUGACUGGAAGAUCCGAAAACGAGAAUGGCAUUGGUGACGGAUCGUUUGGGAGUUGCAAACCUGAGAACGCGGGUGGGCGUGCCGGCGAAGCGUAUACAAGCAGAGAAUCUGAGCAGGGAGUCCCUUCCUGUGUGGGUGACCCAGAUGGUGCCUCUGAUCGGACUUACGUGGGAAACACCUGUGGGCCGGUGGAUGGCAUUGCUACGCAGGAAAACAGUAGCCUGGACAGCUCAGAAGGGUGUAGGGUGACUACAUCCGCAGCCCCUUUUUCUCUGUCCCGGAGCUUGGAACGAGGGGAUGAUCCCCCAGGUGGAUCCGCCUGCACUCCCGGGACUAGCGAGGAAAUGGCAUCCGGUUUAUUAGCGUCAGCAGGGAAGUUAACAGAAGACUCGUCAGACUGCAGCUCUUCAGUACAUGGAAGCAAGAUCAGGGACCGGGACUGUGACUCUUUGGACUCUACAGUCGGCUUGCCAAAUGGGGCGGGAGAGGAGCAGGCCUCGGAUGGUACAGAUGGGAUCCCAAGGUCAUUGCGUAAGCCGAGGACGGGUGGGGAUUUCCAGAUAAGGAAGGAAGGUGACUCCGUGGAGACGGAACGUGUUACAUCCCGUUCCGAUCGAGGCACGGCGUCCCCAGAAGUCCCCGUGGGAUUAGAAGCGACUCGUUCGUCAGCCAGUGACGGGAGCGCUGUCACCGAGGAGAGCAGCUGGGAUGCUCUGUUCAACGAUGAUGGGGAUUGCCUGGAUCCACGACUUCUGGAAGAGUUAUCGGGGAGCGUGAAGAGCAGGAAGAGCAUCCAGGAACCUCGAUUUGACUAUUACAACUACGAAGCCCCCGAACUUGACCUCAGUGAUUGCGAACUGCCUCAUGUCAUCGAAAUCUAUGACUUCCCUCAGGAUUUCCGCACCGAGGACCUGCUGCGUGUCUUCUGCAGCUACCAAAAGAAAGGAUUUGACAUCAAAUGGGUGGAUGACACGCAUGCCCUCGGAGUGUUCUCCAGCCCCAUUACAGCUCGGGAUGCCCUGGGCAGCAGAUAUACCAUGGUGAAGAUCCGGCCCUUGUCGCAGGCGACGAGAGCGGCCAAGGCCAAAGCCAGAGCCUGCGCUGAAUUUCUCCAGCCAGCCAAGGAGCGUCCGGAGACAUCCGCCGCUCUGGCCCGCCGGCUGGUGGUCAACGCCCUCGGGGUCCGAAGCAAGCAGACCAAAGCAGAGCGAGAUGCAGAGCGCAAGAAGCUCCAGGAAGCCCGAGAGAGAAAGCGACUGGAGGCCAAGCAACGGGAGGACGUGUGGGAAGGCCGGGACCCGGCCGCCGACUGACCCUCGCCCAGAGGAAGGGGCGGUUCCCUGAACUCGCACGACCACAUUCUGAGAGUCUUCGAGCAAGGGGGCCCUUCCUGAGCUUUGCGUACCCGGAGCGCGUGCAGGUGAAUGUGUACCAGUCUGGGUUCAGAGACCCCGGUGGACUUCCACCGUAGUCACUCCGCUUCUCAGACCCAGGCGGUGCAUUUUGGCAGCUUGGAAUCAAUCGAGCAUCGGGAGCAGAGAGGAAGCCCGGAAGCUUAUCCCUCUCUAAAGACCCCCGGGGUCAGAGAGGGCCCGGGCUGGACCGGGCAACGUCACGCUCAGCCGGAAGCAUCGGGAAUUGGCGGAUCCCCAGACCUCCAGAAGACCUGGGGAGAAGGGGAGGGGUUCGGGGCCCGCGGUACCGAGCCAGACCCCGGCACCUCCCCGCAGCGAGGAUGGGAGGGCUGGAAAAGCCAAUGGAUGGAGCCGGAGCCGUGGUGCUAAUGAGGUGCCCGGCCCCCACCGCCCAACACCGGGUGCCGCCCUCUCUGGCUUGCCGGCCGGGCCGAGGGACAGAAAAUCCGUCUCGAGAGUGGCCGCCGGUCUGAGCCCGCGGCGCCUCUGGCCCGAUGCGGCCGGGGGGGCGUUCCGGCGUCGACGAGGACUGCUUGCCGGGUUCCGGAUGGCAACGCUGACGUAACGGGAGAGGGCAACAUCGAAGCCCGGUUUCUAGCACGCGUAGCCCCGGGACCCGUUCGCUUCGUUUCUGUCGUCAUCCGCGGCGGCGAUCUUCUUCUGCACCUCUGGACUUGGUCGCCGCAGCCCGGUGCUCUCGCGGUCCCCCCCUCUGACCUAUCACCCGCAGCCCCUCCCAGCGCCCCCCCGAUGGUGGCCUCUCCCGAUGUGGGGUGCCGGUACCGUGGCCCACCUGUGACAUCCGGGACUCGCUUGCCGCCCCUCGCCCUCCCCUCCCCACCCAUCACCCUCUCAUCUGUCAGCCCUCAGGAAAUGUCUGGCACGCAGCGUGUUCUUGGUGUAAUCGUCUCAGCCGGUGCCAGCAGCGUUUGGCAGGCCACUGCCGACAAUCCAUUAAGACUAAGAGCAGCCAGGGUAAAAUAAACAGCUCUGGGCAGUGCAGGGAGAUCUCCUAAAGGACAGAGAACAAAUCGGAGACUUCAGCCGAGACCCUACCGAUCUCAAAA